AUGGGCUCCCAUAUCUCUUCAAUCAAACCCUCGCGCAACUAUGAACGAAUUGCACCCAGUAGCGAAGCUACUAGCAGUCCCAUCUCUCGAUUGCCCGACGAUGUCUUGUACAUGGUUUUCGAGUUCGCCGCGAAGACCGAACUCAUCUACGACGUGCAUGGUCACACGCUUGCAAGGCACAACCAUAUAUACCCCAGCUACAACGCUUGUCUAGGAUGGACGCGUCUCUCCGCCGUCUGCCGUCAAUGGCGCGCUGUACUCCUUACCGUCGCCACAGCAUGGGGCGACAUCGCAUUCUUUCUCCCUCCUGACAUCGGCGCGUUAGCGCUCACACGCUCCGGUACAGCCUCUGUAUACGUCGUUUUGCCCAUGUGCAAGGACACCAGCUCUCCUUUGCUACGUAAGAUCGCGCGGCGGAAGCGUUGGGGAUUAUCGCAUACCCAUCGCGAGCGGUUAGUCGGUUGGGCGGCUGUCCAUGCGCUCAGGAUAAACGGGAUCAUAGCCCGGGACUUGUCUGGGGCGGAGUACAAGUCUAUCUUCCAAGCUGGCGUAUUCAAUACGUUGGGUUCGCUCGUCCUAGACGACGAUUAUCACGGUACCGAUCGAGUCGCACCGACGGCAGAAGAUCUGGGAAACCUGCAUGUCACCGCACCACAUGUGCGCCAUGCUCGCCUGUCACCGACACUUCCUAUAGCCUGUGGAAACGGACCCGGCUUGCGUCUGUCUCUUCCUGGCCUACAAAGCUUGUGCAUCACCAUUCCAUACGAGCGCAUGAAAGACGUCACCACUGUCAUGCAUGCGACGCAAAUACAGUGGGUAGCACCGCUCAUUCGCGGCGCGCAAAACUUGCGUUACUUGAAGAUGGAGAUAUAUAAUGACACCGCGGCCGUUGACUGGUUCUCGAUCUUCGGACCAGACCCCUUGUGUCUUGGGAAACUUGAUUAUCUGAAGCUGGGUGGCGGGUCGUUUGCGCGCAUGGAUGGGUUCCUCGAUAUGAUGUCGAACGAAGUACCACCGAAAAUAUCAUGCUUCCAAGUCUUAGUUCCCGCGCUAUCUGAUGAUGAUAUACAGCCGUAUCUGCACAAUUACAUCGAUGCGGUACAGCGCUCGAUGUGUAAACACUCCCUCGAUUGCAUCUACGUCACACCGACGACCUUCUGGCGAAACCCGUGCUACUCCAUGAAGGCCCGCAUGACCAUUGUCGAGAUCAUCGUCUUUUCGGGCACAGUGUUAACUGAACCAGGCCGCAGUAGCGAGGAUGUUCUGGACAAAAUAUACACGGCGGAGUGUAGAGUUGAACUGAAGAUAAAGAUUCUCUCCAUGCCCUCAUUAGACGGCGCCGAAGACCCACGGAUCACGCUAAACAGGGCUCUCAGCCUAUUUAAUCCCAUACUCGCUUCCGGUGGGAUCCGGACUCUCGUUGUUGAUCAAUCGCCUAAUAAACGAUGGACCAAAUGCGUGCGCCGGUUUAUCCAAACUUCCCUCUCUAGCGUCAGUACACUGUACUGCCUGGAUGCCGCAAGCCCACAGAUACCAAAAUCCUUCAUUUGCACCAAGGCUCUUCGUCUGUCGUAUAAAGAGAGCAGGCGCGUUCGUGUCCCGGCGGCCAUCAUGCCAAAUCUGACGACCAUCUAUGUGUCAAUGAACGUUUCACAGGUCAAAACGAACAUGGAUGUACUGCUUGGCGCAAGAGACGUCCGCACGUGGUGGAAGGAGAUCCUUCGAGCUCUGACAUCCCGCCACGAGGCUGGAAUGCGCCCGCGCAAGCUACAGAUCAUCGGCGGGUGGGCGUCAGAGAAGCUGCGGAAUCGAACGGCAAAGAUGGACGCAAAGAUGCUGGUGCAGGUCGCUGCACUCGUUGAAGAGGUCCACGACCAGCGUGCAGUAUAUUCGGCAGACUGA